CUUGCCUUCAUCAAUGGCGGCUCUGGCUGUGUUUCUGUGUGUUGUGUCGUGUUUCUUGCCGGAGUUUGCAUUUGGGAAAACCAGACACUACACUUUCCAUAUCAGGUACCACAACGCGACGAGACUGUGCCACACGGUGAAAAUCCUAACGGUGAACGGGCAGUUACCGGGUCCGCCAUUGGUGGCGAGGGAAGGCGACAGAGUUCUGAUCAAGGUCGUGAACCACGUGGCGGAGAACGUGACCAUCCACUGGCACGGCGUCCGGCAGCUCCGCACCGGGUGGGCCGACGGCCCGGCCUACGUGACCCAGUGCCCCAUCCAGACCGGCCACUCCUACACUUACAAUUUCACCGUCGCCGGCCAGAGAGGGACGCUCCUCUGGCACGCCCACCUGUCCUGGCUCCGAGUCACCCUUCACGGCCCCAUCGUCAUCCUCCCCCGCCGCAACGACUCCUAUCCCUUCCAGAAGCCCCACAGAGAAAUCCCCAUCAUCUUCGGGGAGUGGUUUAAUGUUGACCCAGAGAGUGUGAUUCAGCAGGCUCUUCAGACCGGAGGAGGGCCUAAUGUUUCUGAUGCUUACACCAUUAAUGGACUCCCUGGCCUUCUCUAUAAUUGCUCUUCUAAAGAUACAUUUAAGCUCAAGGUGAAGCCGGGGAAGACUUAUUUACUCCGAUUGAUCAAUGCUGCACUCAACGACGAACUCUUCUUCAGUAUCGCCAACCACACCAUCACCGUCGUCGACGUCGACGCCGUCUACGUCAAGCCCUUUGAAACCGACGUGGUGCUCCUCAGCCCGGGCCAGACCUCGAAUGUUCUUCUCAAAACUAAACCAAAUCUCACCAAUGCCACCUUCUUCAUGGCGGCUCGGCCGUACGCCACCGGCCAAGGCACAUUCGACAAUUCCACCACCGUUGGAAUCCUCCAAUACGGCCACUCCUCGGCCGCCGUGCCGGCGAGUCAGAUUCCGAGUCUGCUGCCGAAUCUUCCCGCAAUUAAUGACACGAAUUUCGUGGCGAAUUUCUCCAGAAAAUUACGGUCUCUGGCCAGUGAGAAAUUCCCUGCCAAUGUUCCCCAAACGGUGGACAAGAAAUUUUUCUUCACCGCCGGACUUGGAACCGCCCCCUGUCCCAAGAACGCCACGUGUCAAGGACCCAAUGGCACGAAAUUCGCCGCUUCUGUCAACAAUGUCUCUUUUGCCCUUCCGUCGACGGCGAUUAUGGAGGCCUAUUUCACGCGGCGGGCUAAUGGGGUUUACCGGACUGAUUUUCCGGCGAAGCCUCUGUUUCCGUUCAAUUACACCGGGACGCCGCCGAAUAAUACUUUUCUGAGUAACAGUACGAGUUUGGUGGUGUUGCCGUUUAAUUCGAGCGUGGAGGUCGUUUUGCAGGGGACGAGUAUUUUGGGUGCGGAGAGUCACCCUCUUCAUCUCCAUGGAUUUAAUUUCUUCAUCGUUGGGGAAGGUUUUGGAAAUUUCGACCCGAAUAAGGACCCAGCUAACUUCAAUCUUGUCGACCCGGUUGAGAGGAACACCGCCGGCGUCCCCGCCGGCGGCUGGCUCGCCUUUCGUUUCUUCGCCGACAACCCAGGGGUGUGGUUUAUGCACUGUCACUUGGACGUGCAUACGAGCUGGGGGCUGAGAAUGGCGUGGAUUGUCCUCGACGGCCCGCAACCGAACCAGAAACUGCCGCCGCCGCCGGCCGAUCUUCCAAAGUGUUAAGAGACUUUUGAUUUACCAAAUUUUGCUUGUGUUCUUCUUCUUCUUGGGUCUUCUUUUUUAACUUAAUAAUUGCGAUAUUCUUUUCUUCCCCCCUCUUCCUCGUGUGUUUCCUUUUUCUGUUUGCUUCACAACAAAGAAGAGCUACUUGUUUGUAUAAUAUAGCAUCGGCCAGUUUCUCUUUUACCCAAAAAUUACUUCCAAAUGAAUCUGUUUUUUUUUUCUUCUUUCA